CACUCUUAUCUUGUUGUUCUAAAUUGACAUUGACUAAAAAUUAAGUCUGCUAGCUGCCAAGUCGACAGAUAUUUAUGAGUUAUAUUUAUGGAUAAAGAGGCGGACAAGACAUUAUAUGGGACACUUAAUAAUGUGUUUAAACAUAAAGAUUUUAAGUCCAAACUUCAAAAGGAAGCUACUAGAUGCAUCUUAAACGGAAGUAAAGAUGUGUUUGUUUCCAUGCCAACAGGUGCUGGAAAGUCAUUAUGUUACCAACUUCCAGCAGUGGCAAGUGAUGGAGUAUCAGUGGUUAUUUCCCCUUUACUAGCUUUGAUGCAAGAUCAGUUAGAUCAUCUAAAGGCUAUUAAAAUACCGUCGGAGACAAUUAAUUCCAAACUGACAGAAAAAGAACGCAAACAGGUUCUUGCUGAUCUCAAUAGUAGUAAUCCAAAUACCAAACUUUUGUAUGUGACACCUGAACAGGUAGCUACAGAUGGAUUUAAAUCAUUGGCAGACUCACUGAUGAAAAGAAAGUUGUUCAAAUACUUAAUUGUUGAUGAAGCACAUUGUGUUAGUCAGUGGGGUCAUGAUUUUCGACCUGAUUAUUUAAAGUUAGGUUGUUUCCGUAAACGUAUUCCAGGGGUUCCUUGUAUAGCUUUGACUGCAACUGCAACUGAGCAAGUUUUAAAAGAUAUAAUUAAGCAGUUGAAGUUGAAGGAACCAAUAGCUAAAUUCAAAACCAGCUGUUUCCGACCAAAUUUGUAUUACGAUGUUAGAAUGAAAGAGACCUUAGGUGAUCCUUACAAGGACUUGUCAGAAUUUUGUCUAGAAGCUUUGAACAGAUCAAAAGCACAAAAAGAAGAACUAUUAGAAAACUGGUCCAAGUAUGGUUGUGGUAUUGUGUACUGUAGAACAAGAGAUGCAUGUGCAGAAGUGGCAUCACAGCUUACUAGAAAGGGUGUUCCUAGCAAACCAUACCAUGCAGGUCUAAAAUCUGGGAUCAGAGAGGGAGUUCAGAAUGACUGGAUGGAAGGCAAAUUCCCUGUUAUAGCAGCAACUAUCAGUUUUGGUAUGGGAGUAGAUAAACCAAAUGUUAGAUUUGUAGCUCAUUGGACCUUACCCAAAUCAAUGGCAGGAUACUAUCAAGAGUCUGGCAGAGCUGGUAGAGAUGGGAACCAGUCCUACUGUCGUUUAUAUUAUUCCAGACAGGAGAGGGAUACUAUUAGCUUCCUUAUAAAUAAAGAACUUAAAAAAUUUACUAGAGAUAAGGAACAACAGAAAAUCAAACUUCAAUCAGCUAACAAAAAUUUUGAUGCUAUGAUAGAGUAUUGUGAAUAUGCCAUAUGCAGACAUUGGGCCAUCUCCAAGUAUUUUGGUGAUGUCAAACCUGAUUGUAACAAUAGUUGUGAUGCAUGUAAAACUCCAAAAAUGCUAGCCAAGAUUAUUGAGGACUUACAGAGAGGAGCAUAUGCUAAAACUAAAGCUAAAGGAAAAGGUGGAAUGUACUUUAUACAAGAUGACAAAGAUGACACUGGGUUGUAUGGUGGGGGUAGAAAAGGGGUUAAGAGUGAGAAUGAUUCUUAUGAAAAGACAUAUGGAAGUGAUGAGGAACGUGACAACAAAGAAAAACAAGAAGCUGAUGAAAAACGAAAAAGAUUUAAUUUUCUUAAGAGAGAGUUUAAAAAGAGGAAAAGGGUGAGAAAUGAAGAUAUAACGGUACAAUUGUAUAAGGAUACUUCAACAGCUGGUGAUGAUGAUGAUUUUGAGAAGCCAAGUGAAGAUUGUGUUCUCAGAGAUGCCUCUAGUACAAAAAUUCCUAGACUAACAGUCAAGAUCCGGGAACACUGCCUUGGAAUGAUUACAUCUGACCUUUAUACUAACUUUACCUCAUACUACAAAGAUAUUUCUGCCAAGAUGGCUGCCAAAGACUAUGAACCUGAGUGUUGUGCUAUAGAUGAAGAAUUUGGUGUUUUUAAGUCAAGUAAAGCUUUAAAUUUGUACAAGGCAGCUGUUAUGUCAAAAUGCAACGAGAUAAAGAAAACAACAAAAAGCAAAGAUUUGCACAAAUCACUUGUUCCAAAAGAAUCAGAGAAUUUUAAAUCAAGUCCUGCUAGUCAUUUCUCAAAUGAUGGCACGGAUGAUUGUGAUACGACAUCUGGUUUUAGCUGUACUUUUGUGAAGGCUUGUGAUAUGAUUGUUAACACAAAUAAUGAUUGUAAGACUGACCCUGAGUCAAUAGUCAAGUAUUCCUGUGAUCCUGAUUCAGAUAUAUAUUCUAACACUGAUUCUAAAUUAAAACUUUCAAGAAAGUCUGAUUUAUCAUUUGAUGGUCAAAUUUGUGUUAAACCAGUUAAUGAUGUAAUGGAAGAGAAACCUUUACAGCAAUUGGAAUCAGAAGUGUCAUCUAUUUUAGACAAAUACCAAGUGAGAAGUCUUUCAUCUAAAUCUAAACAGAAGUCUAGAAGUGUUAAACGAGAAUGUGUCAGAUUUAGUGAAGACAUAUUAUUUGGAUCGGAUGAGAAUAAGUCUAGGAUUUGUACAUCAAGUGCCAUGAAAACAGAGAGGAUUGAUGAAUCAGAUGAGAAUAAGUCUAGGAUUUGUACAUCAAGUGCCAUGAAAACAGAGAGGAUUGAUGAAUCAGAUGGGAAUAAGUCUAGGAUUUGUACAUCAAGUGCCAUGAAAACAGAGAGGAUUGAUGAAUCGAAAGACAGAAAAGAAGUUAAAUUGAAACAUCUUAAGCUGACAACAGAUGAAAAAUACAAACAUUCUUCUCGUUCAAAAUCACAUGACACAAGUGAAACUAGUGGUUGUACAGAUGCUUGUCAAGUCAGUGAUAAAAAAGAUGAAACCAUUAAUCAUGUUCAUAAAGGAAAAAAAAGACCUAUAAAAGAAGAGUGCGAAGACACAGACAGUAAAAAACGAAGACUAGAAUGCAGUACUGUAACAACCAAUAUUAAUAGAGGCCCAGAAAGUAAGCCUAAUGGAAAAGAUCUAAAGAUGACAGCAGAUCUUGUUGUCAAAUAUCUCACACCGCAUUUUUCUGCUGGAAAAUUUGUUUCUAAGGAUUUAUUUAAGUCUGUUGCCAAAAUAUUGUCACACAAAGUAUUAGAGAAAUGUGAAAGUAAAGAUAAAGAGAAAGUUAAAGACAAAGUGAAACGAACCAUAAAGCAACUUUUUUCAAAGCGAACAGAAAUAAAAAGUGUGGAUGACAUAGAAAACCUUUUAUAGUAUAAGAACAGAUUAUUAUGUUUUCUUAUAAAGAGGAUUGCAUUAUUUAUUGAUUUAAACAUGAUUAAUUAAAAUCUCCUGUUUAACUCUAUCUUCAUUGUAUACUGCUACAUUGACAACAACACUUAAGUAAAUUGUAUCUUUUAUUGAUUAGAUCUCAUCAUCAGGACAAAGUAUACAAAUUUAGAACCCUUGAAGUACAAAAAACAGUAUCUUGUAUGUGUCGUCAUAAUUGUCUAUUGUUGACAUCAAUUACUAUAGGAAACUAUAAUUAUGUAAUGUUGAACAGAAAAUGAAUCAAACAUAGUAUAUUGCAAACGAAGUUAGGGAUGACAUCAAAAGUUCAAUGAAUUUUUCCAGAUCAGCCUUUCCAAGAAUCACUAUCAAUGGUUGUUUUUCCAAUUUUCCCAUUGUUUUCUCAGUCAACAGGACUUUUCACCAAUAAUAAAGAAGAGCCAGACUUCCAUAAGAAAUAAAAAGAUGUGGUAUGAUUGCCAAUGAGACAACUCUCCCAAAGAGACCAAAUGACACAGAAAUUAACAACUAUAGGUCACCAUAUGGCCUUCAACAAUGAGCAAAUCCCAUACCACAUAGCUACAAAAGGCCCCCAAAUUAAUGUAAAACAAUUCAAACGAAAAAACUUAUGGCAUAAUUUAUGUACAAAUUAAUGAAUGGAAAACAUAUAUGUUACACGGAAACAAACAACUACCACUGACUUACAGGCUCGUGGCUUAGGACAUCACCACAACAAAGAUACUAAGUACAGAUCUGAGCAGUGCUGACCGCUAGCUGUUCAAAGUCAAUAAAAGAUAAUUUUUAAAAAAAUAUGCAUCUUAGACUAAAUUUUUUUAAUUUUUGAAAAGACUUCAUAUUAUAUUAUAUGAUAUUUCAAUUGAACCUUCUAUGAGCAAAAUAAAAUAUGUAAAUAUUA